AUGACGGUCCUUUCACUCCUCACUCUUCCUCUCCUCGCGCUCGCUCUGACGCUAUGGAGCUCCCCUGUCUUGGCAUCCGACUAUCAUGAACAGCUCUUCCUCCAGCCGCUCCCUCAGUCCUCCCUGUUAGCCUCGUUUAAUUUCCGGGGCAACACCUCUCAACAGUCGUUCGAGCAUCAGCAUUUCCGAUAUUUCCCACGUGCAUUGGGCCAGAUUAUCCAGCACGCCCACACAAGAGAGCUUCAUUUACGAUUUACCACGGGGCGAUGGGAUGCUCAAAGCUGGGGCCCUCGGCCAUGGAACGGCGGAAAGGAGGGGGGUACUGGCGUCGAGCUUUGGGCGUGGAUUGACGCGCCAGGAGACGAAGAGGCAUUCUCCAAAUGGGUUUCUCUUACACAGUCCCUUUCUGGACUCUUCUGCGCCUCGUUGAACUUCGUCGACUCAACCCGGACGACUCGACCGGUCGUGUCUUUUGAGCCGGCCGGGGAUCAUACCGCGGCCAGCCAGCUCCACUUUCUUCAUGGAACGCUCCCAGGCGAAGUGGUUUGCACAGAGAACCUGACGCCGUUUUUGAAGCUUCUCCCCUGUAAGGGCAAGGCGGGAAUUUCGACCCUUUUCGAUGGACAUAAACUGUUUGAUGCUUCUUGGCAGAGCAUGUCUGUGGAUGUGCGGCCGGUGUGCCCCCGGAAGGAGACUAAUAUGAUUCCGAGGCCUGUUCGCAACGAAGAUCUUGUCUGCGAUACUUCUAAGCCAUACAAUUCGGAGGAGACCUGUUAUCCACUCGAGAAAACAACCGAAACGGCAUGGAGUCUGAAUGAAAUUUUUGGGCGCACAAUAAACGGUGUCUGCCCUUUGGCUGGCUCGGAUGGCGCUAGCGAGCCGACCGUUUGCCUUCGUACCCCCCACGAACGUGGUGUUCUCGCUGCCGAAGGGGCUAUUGAGACCAAGAAGGGUGAUGGAUUUACGCGGUGCUACAACCUGGCGCCAUCACAGCCCUUUGAUCUCCUGAUCCCAGAACAGCCAGUCCACACUCAAGUCCCGCUCGAUGAGCCUAUUUUGCAUGCCGAGCGGACGAUCGUUGGCCACGGCCAAGAGCGUGGCGGCAUGCGCAUCAUCUUUGGCAACCCAUCCAAUGCCAGCGCCGUUGACUUCAUCUACUUCGAGACCCUACCUUGGUUCCUGCGGCCGUAUAUCCACACUCUGCGAGCUACAAUCACCGGCCGCGACGGCAUGCGGCGGGAGGUCGCUGCCUCGGAGAUCAUCAAAGAAACCUUCUAUCGACCUGCCAUCGACCGUGAGCGCGGCACGCAGCUGGAGCUGGCGCUGUCUGUGCCCGCCGCAUCGACAGUUACCCUGACCUACGACUUUGAGAAAGCCAUUCUGCGGUACACCGAGUAUCCACCAGAUGCCAAUCGCGGCUUUAAUGUUGCACCCGCUGUCAUCCGGAUCUUGGACCCUGCGCAACGCGCUCCGCUCUACUUGCGCUCGACUAGCCUUCUCUUGCCGCUGCCGACCCCGGAUUUCAGCAUGCCCUACAACGUGAUUAUCCUCACUAGCACGGUGAUUGCCCUGGCCUUUGGCACCAUCUUCAAUAUUAUGGUCCGGCGGGUGGUUUCUUUGGACGAAGCCGCUGCUCUGGGCGCCCAGACUCUCAAGGGUCGGUUGUUGGGCAAGGUGGUGGCUCUGCGAGAUAGAUUUAAAGGGAAGGGUACGAAGGUAGAGUGA